UUUUUCCCUUUAUUUCUGCUUCUUCACACAUACAUAUUUCGUCUCUGUCUUGUGAUUAAACGCUGAAGCUGAGGGACACAAGGAACUUCGUUGUUGAAGAUUGGUGGGUUUGUUUCAUUUUCAAAAUUUGUUUGUUAAUCUCGAAGGUGAUUAAAAUGGAUGCAUCAAAGGAGAACUAUCCAACCCUCAUUCGGCCCUCAUAUUUUCGAGAAAGUCCAAGAAUGGAGGGUGCCAAGUUUGUGAAGGAAGUGGGACACAAUCGUCGACAAGCUCUAAGCGGCAUUGAUCAGAAUGUUUUUGGAGCUACCUUAAAUUCUCAUAUACCCAAUAAAGCAGAGUUUGACAGGAAGUUUGCAGAACAAACGGUCCAGCACUGCCUUGGAGACCUCUCUGAAACUAAGAAACUAGCCUCAUUGGCUCUGAACCCAAAUACCCUUGAAGAUAGUAUAGUCAUUGAUGUGGAGGAGUAUGAUGAUGAUGCUAGUGAUGAUGGGGUUCCAAUGUUUGUGAAGCACACUGAAGCCAUGCUAGAUGAAGUUGAUCGAAUGGAAGAGGAUGAAAUGGAAUAUGAAGAGGACCUGGUUAUUGAUAUUGACAGCAGCGAUUUGAAAGAUCCACUUGCAGUUGUUGAGUAUAUAGAUGACAUAAUUGCUUACUAUAGGAAAAAUGAGAAUUCUAGCUGUGUUUCUCCAAAUUACAUGGCCCUUCAAUUUGACAUCAACGAGAAAAUGAGGGCUAUCCUUAUUGACUGGCUUAUUGAGGUUCACUACAAAUUUCAGCUUAUGGAGGAGACAUUAUUCCUCACUGUCAACCUUGUAGACAGGUUCUUAGAGCGCCAAACAGUUCCCAGAAAGAGGCUUCAAUUGGUUGGGGUGACAGCCAUGCUAUUGGCCUGCAAGUAUGAGGAGGUUGCUGUCCCUGUGGUGGAGGAUCUUGUUCUGAUAUCAGAUCAGGCAUAUUCAAGAGAAGAAGUUCUUGAUAUGGAGAGGCUAAUGGUGAACACCUUACAAUUUGAUUUCUCGGUGCCUACCCCAUAUGUGUUUAUGAGAAGAUUCCUCAAGGCAGCUCAAUCAGACAAAAAGCUUGAGAUUCUAUCCUUCUUCAUCAUUGAGCUAUGCCUGGUGGAGUACCAAAUGCUCAAGUUCCCACCAUCUCUGCUAGCUGCUGCAGCAAUUUACACUGCUCAAUGUAGUCUUUACCUCCCCUCCAUCAAGCAAUGGAGUAAAACUAGCGAGUGGUAUUCUAACUACUCUGAAGAUCAGCUUCUAGAAUGCUCAAAACUGAUGGUUACUUUCCAUCAGAAGGCUGAAACUGGGAAACUUAAUGCUGUUCAUAGGAAGUACAGCUCAUGGAAGUUUGAUUAUGCAGCAAAAGUUGAACCAGCUCGAUUUCUCCUAAAUGUUUGACAGAGCUGAAAGGAGAUCAAAAGUUAGUAUCUUUGUGUGUAGCAACAGAAGUUGCCUCGAGGAAGUCAAGCUUGUCAUGGCUAAAACCCAUAUGGGUGUUGGUGGAUUUCUGUUGUUGUCAACUCUUAAACUCUAUUUCUAUUCUUUAGAUUUGGUCCUUUUGGAUUGGGUAUCUUUAAAUGCCACUGAUCAAUGCCUAGAUCUGUUUCAUUGUGGUAUUUUUCUCUUCAAAGUUGAUGAUCAUAUGUAACAACAAACAUGUAUAUUUGCUAAGUGAAAAAAAAAAAAAAAAAAACUUCACUUAUCCCUAUAAAUUUAUGCGCCUUUUGCAAGCACUCUUCUAAUAUUCAAAGUCUCUCACUUUGGUGUAUCGAACUUUGAUUUCCUUUCACUUUUCCCCUUCCGUUGG